AAUAUUAGAUUGCUGUGGUCUUCCUAGCCAGAGAAAGAACGGUGAAAUAUAUAAGGAAGGUAUUUUGUGAGGAAUAUGGCUCUCGCCUUUCGUCCAAUGUUCGUGUUAUGUUUGGGGAUUCUUUCAAUCGUUGCAGUGAAUGGUUCCUCAGUGCCAUGCCCGUGCAAAGUGAAGUACACUAAGGUUGGCUGCUAUAAAGACCCAGGUUCCUAUACUAGGAUCUCUUCUGAACGUCAUUUUCCUGAUCUGCUGCUGAACUGGCGUGACCGAAUAGACUGGUACGACGGUUGGCAUGAUUUCUUGAAAGCUCUGACCUGCAGAUGUGCUGAAUUGGCAAAGGAAAGAGGCUAUCGUUACUAUGGAUUGCAAUUUUUUGGCGAGUGUUGGUCAGGGGAGCAUUCGGAGGAAAUAUUUGAAACAAAAAAGGCUAAAAGCUGUUGGGGUUAUCGUCCCAAUUAUACACAAUGCGUUGAUGACAGUCCUAAUGAAUGUGUAGGAAAAGAACAUCAUAAUUACAUCUACGAGGUCAUGCCUGAAGUACCUGAGGGUUGCAUUGGCGGAGGAGCUGCUUCGACGACUGAAAAGCCAGUUGUAGAUCCAUGUUACCCGAAUCCUUGUCAAAACGGUGGAGAAUGUUACACACUGGAGAAUUCUAAUGAUUACGUGUGUGAAUGUCCGGAUGAGUAUAGGGGACCGCAUUGCGAGAUUCCGAGGGGAAAAAAGUGAAGAAAAUACGUUCAAGGCUACUACAUUGUCAGGUGAUAGGAAGGAGCGUAGUUAAAGGAUUUUAGGAUUAAUUUAUCGGCAUAGGAGUGAGAUAGAUUUAGAAAUAUUGUGAACAUGUGAGUCUUCACUGACUGGAAGUAUAAUUAUAAAUAUUCCACUGUAUAUUAUUUCAUUUAAGUUAAGCAAAAUUUACUCUUUAACGUGGUUGUGCUUUUCUGAUACGGUCUAAAACUGUAUUGGAUUUGUUCUGCCGCAUAUAUAGAAACUGCAUGAGUAGCAUAUAGCAAUACGUUAUUGAUUUAUUUAUCAUCAAUUAAAUAAUUGUGUGUUU